CCGAUCGGCUCGGCUCGGCUCGGUCCCGCUCGGCUCGGCUCAGCCCGGCCCCGCACGGCUCGCCCCGGCCCCGCUCGGCGCGGCCCGGCCCGGCCCGGCACGAUGCUGGCGCUUUUCAACAAGCUGCUGGACUGGUUCCGGGCUCUCUUCUGGAAGGAGGAGAUGGAGCUGACCCUGGUGGGGCUGCAGUACUCGGGCAAGACCACCUUCGUCAACGUGAUCGCGUCAGGACAGUUCAACGAAGACAUGAUCCCAACAGUGGGCUUUAACAUGAGGAAGAUCACCAAGGGGAACGUUACUAUCAAGCUCUGGGACAUCGGCGGGCAGCCGCGGUUCCGCAGCAUGUGGGAGCGAUACUGCCGUGGAGUGAGUGCCAUCGUGUACAUGGUGGAUGCUGCUGACCAGGAGAAGAUUGAGGCCUCCAAGAAUGAACUGCACAACCUGCUCGACAAGCCUCAGCUCCAGGGCAUCCCGGUGCUCGUCCUGGGGAACAAGCGGGACCUGCCCGGUGCCUUGGACGAGAAGGAGCUCAUUGAGAAGAUGAACCUCUCAGCCAUCCAGGACCGAGAGAUCUGUUGCUAUUCCAUCUCCUGCAAAGAAAAGGACAACAUUGACAUCACCCUACAGUGGCUUAUCCAGCACUCAAAGUCCAGGAGGAGCUGAGAUCCCACGUGCCACGGCUCAGAUCGGGAAGAUGCCAUGUCCAAGCCCGUGCCCCUCCUCUCUCCUGCUCUGUCCCUCAGCUCUCUCUCUCUCUCUCUCUCUAGAUGGGUAUUUUUAGGGGCCCCCAGACUCCCCUCACCUUGAGGUGGAGCCCUUGUUUUUAUUGUAAAGAAAAUGUCCUCCUGCCCUUCUCUCCUCUCCUCUCUGCUCCUCUCUGUCUCUCCCUCCCCCUUGGCACUGGUCUGUUGUUGUCUGUGUACACACACUAUAUAUAUAUAUGUAUAUAUAUUUUAAUUUUUUAAUUUAAGCAAUGGCACUGUCCCUGAGCAGGGCCCUGGGGAGGGGGAGGGGAGGCCAGGCAGGAGGGGGAGGGCAGAGGGCAGCUCCCUAGGGCUGGGGGCUGUGCCAAGCCGUGGGCAGGUCCCCUGGGACUCUCUCUGGUCCUUCCCUGCGUGUCCUGGCUGCCCCCUCCUAGACUGGGAGCCCCCUGAGGGCUCAGGAGCAUGCCCACCCUGUCCUGGGCUGGGGGAGCUGAUGCCACUCCUCACCCUGCAAGGGCACGGGGAAUAGCCAAGACCCGCUGCCCUCAGCUCCCCCCACUGCUGCCCCACAUCUACCCCCAUGCAGGGCCCAAUCCUGCCCCACUGCCUGCUCCUGUGGCCAGCCCAGGGGCUGGUGCUGGUGCAGGGGGGGUGCCAGCUGUGCCAGAUGGCUCCUGUCUCCCCUCCCCUGCCCCAGGGGACGCCCACACACAUCCCCAAAGGCAUCAGCUGUGCCAGGCUGGGGGCUGCUGGCCCUGCCCCAGCUGUGGGCAUCACAGAGGGUGAUGUGCCCACAGAGCUGGGGGUGCCCCAUGCCCUGUCCCACACUGGGUUGGGGGCACCCAGCAGGGCAGGGGGGCACAGCUGGGGCCUUGGCUGCAGGUGGAGAAAGAGGAAGUUUUAGGGGGUCAGGAUGAGGUGUUGGGCCACUGCAGGUGGGUUGGGGACAGCUUGGGGGGGACAUGCUGGGCUGGAGGGGGGCUGUGGGAGGGUGGGGGUGGCCCAGGGCUGCAGGGCCCCUCUCACAGCCCCUUCCUCUGCCCAGCUCCAGGGUGGUGAGGAUGGGGCUGUCUCUUCUGUUCUUGUCUUUGCAGAAUUGCACAAAGAGAGGUUUCCUUUUCCUUUCUUUUUGUUUGGUUUUUAAUUUAAUGACUUGUAAAGUGUUGUAACUCCCCACCCCAACCCCCCCCCCCCCCUUUUUUUUUUUAAGAGCUAUUUUGGCUCAGAUUUGACCUCUGUUGGGAAAUGAUUCUUGUAACUGUACAAUUUUUUUGCCUCCUAAUAAUAAUAAAUGACCAAUUUUGCGUUGG